AUGCCGAUGUGCAGCCGUCUACCGAAGGCUCUGAGGCCUCAGUUCCUCAUCAUUCUUUAUUUUUUCUUCAUUGCAAUUCCAAGUGUUUAUGCGCAGACAACUUUCUCUCCCCAAAACAUCACCAAACGGCCCAAUGUUGUACUAAUCGGCCAUAUCGGAGCUAUUGGCGCUUUACCGAACUACGAAAAAGUAUUGGAACUUUCACGAAAGGAGCUACUCGGAAAUGGAAUUCUUGGAAAAGAUUUUGACAUUGAGAUCAUCUCCCGGAACGGCUGCGGAGACGCUUUCGAAGGAGUGGCUGCGGCCGCUGAUCUCUAUCACAUCGAGCAUAUAAACACAUUCUUGGGACCAUACUGUAACUCGGAAAUGAUUCCCGUAGCGAUGAUGGCAAACUUUUGGAAUAUUCCUAUCAUAGCGUACAUGGCUACAUCUAAUACCCUGUCAAACAAAAAGAUUUACAAAACACUAAUUCGCACUUCGCUAAGGACCAUGAACACCGUUGCUGAAUCAACUGCUGCCUUCAUAAAGCAUUAUAAAUGGAAGAAGAUAGCGCUGAUAUCGAACACAGGUGUAGCCGCUUACGAAAAGAUCAGCGCAAUCGAACCCGUACUAAAAAGACACGGGAUUACGGUAACCAAGAAAAUUCUGUUCGAGGAAACUGUCACAGUUCAGGACAUGGUAAACGGUGGACAACUGGAGGAAAUUCGUUCAAAUUGUAGAAUUGCAAUUGUAAUGUUUACAUCGGCUCGGGACCUCACUAAUAUAUUUCGCGACGCUCUGACAUUAUACGGAAUGUCCGAAACCGAGUUCGUCUUCAUCUUCCCCUACAUGCAAGAAGGAACCAACGGAGCUUCGCCAUUUGUUGGGAGCGAUAACGCCGCCUUGGACAAAGUCAAGAAAACCUAUGCGAAUUGUGUUUUGAUUGACGAUACCAACGGCUUCGAUGAGCGCAUGAUCACCCCAUUCCUCGAGAGACUUGCUACCAUUGGACUUGAUGAGAAGGACAUUGACAUAGGCAACAUCUACGGAUACAUUGCUCUCUUCGACUCAAUAAAAACGUUUGCAACGGCUGGAAGAAAAGUACUAAAUAGCACCGGAAAUUUUGCGUCAGUUUUAGAUGGAAAGUUGAUGUGGAGCGCUAUGAGAAGAAUGAUCGUCCCAGGAAUGGUUGCCAACUCUGGCGUUGGAAGUGGGACAGUAAUGUUGGACGAUCUGGCUGAACGUGUACCUUACUAUUCGGCCUUCUUUGUGGACAGAAAUAGAAACCAGAUAACCCCCUUUGCGAACAUGGUCCCGUCGCUUAUCGCUAAUUGUGAUGGAUUAAAAACUGGCACUGGAUGCUUCUCACUUAACGUCACCGAGGUGCAAACAUCUUUUUGGCCGUCUCCAGAUGGAAAUAUGCCAAUUGAUGAGCCAGUUUGUGGCUAUAGAGGGGAAAAAUGCGAUUACACGCUGAUUAUCGUCGGUGUUUCGGCUGCCAUUUCAUUUAUCAUCAUGGCUGUUGGAGCAUAUCUACUCAGACGAUAUUGCGAAUCUCGCGCCCUCGACAGUAUGCCUUGGAGAAUCUUUCGAGACGAUAUGCAGAUUGUGGAUGAAGAGACAGUCAAGUCUAUGCUCUCACUGGGUUCGCAAAGGACCAAACUAUCCAAUACGAAUGCAAUGGCCCUGAAGAACCAUGCUGUCAUAGGAGUGAACACUCAUGCCACUUACCAUAUGUACGAGCAGAGAAGACCGAUCAAGUUCGGACGAGCUGAUCUUACUUUGCUUAUGCGGAUGAAACAAGUUGUCCAUGACAAUCUCAAUCCUUUCCUUGGAAUGGCUUUCAACGAAAAAGGUGAAGUUCUAUUGCUGUGGAAGUUCUGCUCAAGAGGAACAUUGCAGGACCUUAUCUACAAUGACCAAUUCGUCCUGGACGAAAAGUUCCAUGGAGCAUUUGUGAGAGAUAUCACAUUGGGCCUGGAAUAUCUCCAUUUGUCAAGUAUCGGUUACCAUGGCGCCCUGACAACGUGGUCCACUCUUAUAGAUCGUAAUUGGUUGGUGAAAUUGACGGAUUACGGCAUCAGUGAUGCAGUUAAUAGAUGGGUGAAACAUGGCAGUAUUAACGAUGAAGUUACCAAGGAAGGAGAAGAAACAACUGAUGCUGUACAAAAAACUGGCAUUCUCUAUGUGGCUCCUGAAAUGCGAAUGUCAAAUGAAAACAAUAACAAACGACGAGUUGAUCAGGCCUGGGUUGGACAGUCACUUGAGAAACGACGUGCGGCCGAUAUCUAUGCCUUUGGAAUGGUCAUGUAUGAGAUACUCUUCAGAUCUUUUCCGUUUAGCGAUAAGGUUGAUCUCAAUGAAAUGGUUACAAAAGCAGCAGAAGGCGAGAAAAUUUCUCGACCAUCUGUUCAGAAAGACAAACAAAUACAUCCCGACCUCCAAGCUCUUCUGCAGGAUUGCUGGCAUGACUCACCGGAUGGGCGUCCAUCUGUACGCCGAGUGCGUCUAUCUACAGAAUCAAUCAUGAAGACCAAAGGAAGUCUUGUUGACUCUAUGACUCGAAUGAUGGAAGAAUACGCAAACAAUUUGGAGAAACUUGUGGGUGAGCGAACGGGAAUGUUAGAACAAGCAACGGUCAGAGCUGAUAAGCUGCUUGGCCAGCUUUUACCUAGAUUUGUCGCCAACGAACUUAAAAAUGGACGACCAGUUCCUCCAAAAAUGUACUCGACAGCAACCGUGCUAUUUACGGAUGUUGUAGGAUUUACUAGGCUUUGUGGCUCAUCCACACCGAUUGAGGUUGUCAAUCUUCUUAAUAGCGUCUAUUCUGGAUUUGACGAUAUCAUAAACAAGCAUGACGGCUAUAAGGUGGAAACCAUCGGUGACGCAUAUAUGGUCGUUUCUGGUAUACCCGAAGAAAAUGGUAAACGUCAUAUCUCCAACAUUGCUACCAUCUCACUCGAUAUCUUGGAUUUCCUUACCACCUACCGUAUCCCUCAUCGCAAAUCUGAACGUCUGAUCAUUCGUGUUGGCUUUCAUAGCGGUCCUGUGGCUGCUGCAGUAGUUGGCUUAAAUGCACCACGAUACUGUCUAUUCGGUGAUACGGUAAACAUGGCGUCCCGGAUGGAAUCUACGGGCGAGCCAGAAAAAAUACAAAUAUCACAACAGUCCAAAGAUCUUCUUGCUAAUGAGUAUCCGGAAUUUAUAACAACAAAACGAGGAGAUUUUGAGAUCAAGGGCAAAGGAAUGUGCGCUACAUAUUGGUUGCUGCGAAAGGAUACGUCAGUUCUUGCUGGAUAA